CUCUGCGCCGAGCUGCCGCCCGAGCAGCGGGUCCGCGCGUUGCCGCCAUCUUAGGAGGUCGCCAUGUUCUCGUCCAUCGCGCCGCUCGCCCGGCUCAACCCCUUCUACGCGCCGCACUUCCAGCUGGUCCAGGACGGGGUGAGGAAGCGCGUGGAGGCAGCGGAGGCGCCCACCACGCGGCGGAGCUUGGCGGCCGCAUCCGCCGCUGAAGAAUACAGCUGUGCAUAUGGCUCAGGCAGAUUCUUUAUGCUUUGUGGCCUUGGUGGGAUUAUUAGCUGUGGAACAACACAUACAGCACUGGUUCCUCUAGACCUGGUUAAAUGCAGAAUACAGGUUGAUCCACAAAAGUACAAGAGCAUCUUCAAUGGAUUUUCGGUGACAGUCAAAGAAGAUGGUGUUCGUGGCUUGGCUAAGGGAUGGGCUCCAACCUUUAUUGGCUAUUCCAUGCAGGGGCUUUGUAAAUUUGGUUUCUAUGAAGUUUUCAAAAUCCUAUAUGGCAACAUGCUGGGAGAGGAAAAUGCAUAUUUGUGGCGUACUUCGCUAUAUUUAGCCGCAUCUGCCAGUGCGGAGUUUUUUGCUGACAUUGCUCUGGCUCCAAUGGAAGCUGCUAAAGUUCGUAUUCAGACACAGCCUGGAUAUGCUAACACUCUGCGGCAGGCUGUACCUAAAAUGUUUGGAGAAGAAGGCAUCUGGGCUUUCUAUAAAGGUGUUGCUCCACUAUGGAUGAGACAGAUUCCAUACACAAUGAUGAAAUUUGCCUGCUUUGAACGUACUGUUGAAGCUCUCUACAAGUAUGUCGUUCCCAAGCCACGAAGUGAAUGUACAAAAGGAGAACAGCUGGUAGUCACAUUUAUUGCAGGCUAUAUUGCUGGUGUGUUCUGUGCAAUUGUUUCCCAUCCUGCUGACUCAGUGGUGUCUGUGUUGAACAAAGAAAAGGGCAGUUCUGCAUCACAGGUUCUUAUGAGGCUUGGAUUCAAAGGUGUAUGGAAAGGUCUGUUUGCUCGUAUCAUUAUGAUUGGUACCCUGACUGCACUACAGUGGUUCAUCUAUGAUUCUGUGAAGGUUUAUUUCAGACUUCCUCGUCCACCUCCACCUGAAAUGCCAGAAUCUCUGAAGAAGAAGCUUGGUCUAACUGAAUAGACAACUCAUGGACUGACUAUGCUGGCUGUCCCAGUGAUGAGUUUCAUGAAACUUUUAUAUAUUUGACUAUGUAGAAAACAAACUCUAUAUGAUGUCAUUAUUGGCUGCGCCCUCAUCCCACAUGAGGGUUUAAAUUCUACUGUUGUUAUUGCCUGAAAUAAAUGAGAAACAGAGUG